AUGGAGCUUCAAAUUUUCUACUCAGGAAUCACUUAUGAACUGAGGAUGUCGCUUGAUGCAGCGGCAGGAAGCUCGUUGAUGGAGCGUUGUGCCUCAGAAGCGAGGGCUUUGAUUGAAAAGAUGGCGGCCAAUCAGACAAGUUGGCCAGAGUCCAACAGGCCCGAGCCAUCGAGGGGUCUAUACCAGGUUCCUGCUUUGGUCUCCCAUGAUGCACGGAUAGUCAGUCUGUCUAUCCAAGUCAAGGAGCUGUCUAAGCUCAUGAAGCAGGACCUGCGUAACAAAGGGAAACAGGCGUUGCAGAAGGCUGCAGAAAUUGAGGAGAAUGCCUUUGCAGACCAACAAUGUCCGCAGGUUGCUGAGUGCUCCACUGAAGAGGCUCAGAACCCAGCGGAGGCACCUGCAUUUGCCCAACCUCCCACAGCAGCCCAAGCACCGCUGAGUCUGGAGGAAUUCUGGAGGAACACAGAGCGAGUAAAUCAGGUGUUCCAAAUAAAUACAUUUGCUUCAAUCAAAAUGCUGGAAAUUCAAGUUGGGCAGAUAGCUGAAGCUAUGAAGCUGAAGAAAAAAGGAACGUUGCCUCGGACAGUCCAGACAGUCUCGAACCAAGCGAAGGCCAUCGAAAUAAGGGGUGGGAAGCGGACACAAUCACCACCACUGCUAGACAGAGAUUUCAUCAUUAUGAAAAUGAGCGAAGAUCGCAAAAUUCCAAUCAUAUUAGGGAGACCUUUCCUGGCCACCGCUCAAGCUACUAUAAACGUCGCCCAAGGCAAAAUUUCAUUGAGCUUCAAUGGUGAUAAAGUCACAUUUUCAAUGAACCAAGCACUACAUCAACCUCGGGAAGAAAAUUGUGAUUUUAUCAAUGCGUUAAAUGAAUUAUCAACUUUUGAGAGCUAUAUAACACUUGAAAAUCUGGAAGGAAUUUCAGAUAAUGGGUCCCUUGAGCUGGAAGAUGAAGAGGACUCAUGUGAGGUGGUUCUCAAGAAAGGAGGUUUCGUUGAACAAACGAGCGACGAGGGGGAGGUCUUCAUGACAAGACCUGUCACUGGAUGGAGGGUCUGCAUCGACUACAGGAAAUUGAACUCAGCCACGAAGAAGGAUCAUUUCCCGCUUCCCUUCCUUGAUCAAUGCCUUGAGAAGCUCGCAGGACACGAAUACUACUAUUUCCUCGAUGGCUACUCAGGCUACCACCAAAUUUCCAUCAAACCGGAGGACUGUGAGAAGACUACAUUCACUUGUCCAUAUAGGACGUUUGCUUACAGGAGGAUGCCGUUCGGGCUCUACAACGCCCCGGCCACCUUCCAGUGGUGUAUGUACCAUAUUUUCAGUGAUCUCCUGGACUUCUGCACAGAAGUAUUCAUGGAUGACUUCUCGGUUUAUGGCAAGACAUUUUCCAGAUGCCUGAAUAAUCUGGAAAAAGUGCUUCUCCGUUGCAUUGAGACUGAUGUUGUGCUGAACUGGGAGAAGUGUCACCUCAUGGUAAAUGAAAGAAUUUUCUUGGGUCAUAAGAUCUCAUCUGCCGUUAUUGAGGUAGAUAGAUCGAAGGUUAGUGUAAUCAAAAAGAUGCCAGCGCCCCCGAAUGAGAAAGGAGCGCCCCCGGUUAUAGGUUUUACUGCAGUUUCAUCAAGGGCUUCAGUCAAAUCACGCAACCGCUCACAUCAAUGA